AUGGAGGGGAUACGUCAAAAUGGAGUGGUACUUCGUGAGCACCCGUUGAAAAAAGGUUGGAAUGUUGCGGCGUCCCGGUUUAUAUCUUUUGGAGAGGAACAGUGGCAGUACAGGAUUGAAGGACAGUCUAUAAGUUUUUGGAGAGGAACGGAAAUGUCUCCAUCUGCGAGUUGGCGUUUCAGUGAAGGGUGUGAAAUUGUCGAUGCCUGCUCUAUGCCGUUUGCAGAUGGAUCAAGAGGAGUCGUCAUUGCAGUUAAUGAUUUUGAAGGAAGCGAUCCAGUAUACUUUUUAGCGUAUUACAGUUUCGCCAGACGUUCUGUUGUCAAAAAGAUCAGAAUAAAAAACCAGAUUAGCUGCAUAUUUGUUGUGAUCGGCAACGGGCAAGAAAGUCAAAUAUCAGAAUUGAAUUCAGGGCUUAGGAACGCGCCUCACUGGAUUGCUGUGGGGACCAAAGGGGGCUCUUGUUACCUCACCCAUUUCAAUAUUAAUUCUCCCUCUGAUAUUGAUCUUCGCAUCUCGUCACCAGUAUUUUCUACUAAUGUUUCAAGUACUACAUCUAAGCUGAACUGA